UAAAAAAAUGUCUGGGGUAGAAUGCCGGACUGAGUGCACCUGGAAGAGACACAUAGCAGAGCAGUUGAAGCAAAGAGACCGGGUUCAGAGACAGGCUUUUGAGGAGAUUAUACACCAAUAUAAUAGACUGCUGGAAAAGUCUGAGCUGCAAGCUGUUCUUUCAGAGAGGCUUCAGACUGAUAAAUUUGACAGCCACAGCAGACAUGACCUCAGCCCUGGUCAUGAUGGAGUGCGGAGUGAAGCCCUGUUACAGGAGAUGGCCCAGAUUAAGAUCAAACACCAAGAGGAGCUGACAGAGCUGCACAAGAAGCGUGGGGAGCUGGCCCAGAGUGUCAUUGAGUUGAAUAACCAAAUGCAACAGAAAGACAAGGAGAUCCAGGCAAAUGAAGCAAAGAUGGCAGAGUUCCAGCAGCAAAUCUCCCAGCUGGAGAGCGAGUGCAGAGAGUUGCGUUCGAACCUGCAGGACCUGGAGACGGCCAACCAGACCCUGAAAGACGAGUACGACGCCCUGCAGAUCACCUUCAGCGCUUUGGAGGAGAAGCUGCGGCGCACCACCGAGGAUAACCAGGAGCUCGUCUCCCGCUGGAUGGCUGAGAAAGCACAGGAGGCCAACCAGCUCAACGCCGAGAACGAGAAGGACUGCAGGAGAAGGCAAGCCAAGUUGCAGAAGGAACUGGCUGAUGCAGCAAAGGAGCCCUUGCAAUUGGACCUGGAUGAUGACAUUGAGGUCCUGUCCGAUGAUACUGCUGAGCCCGGGGGGGAGACAUCACCUGGGAAGACCAUCACCCGCACACCCAGUAAACGUGCCUCCCAGCCACCCGGAGGCCUUCUGGACUCCAUCAGUAAUAUCUUUGGCCUCUCUGAGUCUCCAAUUCUUGGACAUCGCAUCCCUGUUAUCACAAGGCGUCGAUCUGUCAAUUCUUAUGGCAGCUCCCCUGAAAGCACAGAGGUACACACAGGAGUGUGUACGGAGGUCCGUGUGCCCACCACUGCUCUGCAUGUAUUUGAUGCCCAUGAUGGGGAAGUGAAUGCAGUGAGAUUCAGCCCGGGCUCUCGCCUCCUGGCAACGGGGGGUAUGGACAGGAGAGUGAAACUAUGGGAAAUUGUUUUAGGUCGUUGUGAACUGAAAGGAGCUCUCACAGGCAGCAAUGCUGGAAUCACCAGUAUCGAGUUUGACAGCGCGGGCUCCUACUUGCUUGCUGCCUCCAAUGAUUUUGCCAGCAGGAUUUGGACAGUGGAUGACUUCAGGCUGCGUCACACUCUGACAGGUCACAGCGGGAAGGUGCUGUCCGCUCGCUUCCUAUUGGAUAACGCUCGCAUCGUCUCAGGCAGCCAUGACCGGACACUCAAACUCUGGGACCUCCGGAGCAAAGUCUGUAUAAAGACUGUGUUUGCGGGAUCGAGCUGCAAUGACAUUGUCUGUACUGAGCAGUGUGUCAUGAGUGGCCAUUUCGAUAAGAAAGUCCGCUACUGGGACAUCAGGGCAGAGAGUAUUGUGCGUGAGUUGGAGCUGUUUGGGAGGGUCACAUCUCUUGACCUAAACCCUGACAGAACGGAGCUGCUAACCUGUACCAGAGAUGACCUGCUGAAAAUCAUUGACCUGCGAACUAACACAGUGAAGCAGACAUUCAGCGUGCAAGGCUUCAAGUGUGGCUCCGAUUGGACGAGAGUGAUGUUUAGCCCUGACGGUAGCUACAUUGCUGCAGGUUCUGCUGACGGCACUCUGUAUGUGUGGAAUGUGCUGACGGGGAAAGUGGAGAAGGCGUUGGGAAAACACCACAGCUCAUCUAUCAACGCUGUGGCCUGGUCCCCCUCUGGAGCCCAUGUGGUCAGUGUCGAGAAGGGCAGCAAGGCCGUGCUCUGGUCUGAUCUCUGAUUGGACGAUUGACAGUCUCUCCCGCUCCCCAAAUACACAGCAAAAGGAGUGCUGCUUUCUGUCUGGACCUCAGAAGAGCUUGGCGCUUCAUGUGCAAGCUUUCGUUAGACUGGAGGUGAAGGGACCGUCCUUCCGAUUUGUAUAUCAAUUGCAAAUUGUGGCUGAUGUUCCUUUUACGACAAGCAGCAAUCUCUGGAACUGUAUCCCAGCUGUGUUAUUUCAGAGAAUAUUAAUAUAAGUAUGUAUUGAAUGAUGUAAUGUGCAAAUCAGAAUAUAGCCUGUUGUGAGGAAUAUCCAUUUGAAUUGUACACGACUGAAGCUGUUUCAAAGUGUUUAAAUCUUUCAGCUUCAAGCAUGGCUUGUCUGUAGUAGGAGUCACCUCGCUUAGUGGUCAGAAGUUUGUGGGGGAUGGACUUGUCCAUUGGUUCAGGCUGGGGACUGGAUUUCCAGUGUGGCCUAGUGGUAGGAGCUGAGGGCUGGGGCACAGUCGAGCUGAAGGCUGCCCUUGGCGCGGUUUUAGAUGCACAGUGCCCACUGCUGCUGAACCCCCAAUUUCAUAUUAAAAAUGUUUAAGACAAAAAAAAUGUUGAUCUAGACAUUGAGAGAGCAUACGGAAUCCACAUAGUUGAAAGGUCAUCUUAUCAGAAUUGCCUUUGACUGUAGUCUAGAGCUGGGGUUCAUGCCAGGCCAAUUUUACAAUGAUUUAUCACUAAAACAUGAAAAUUGAAUUCCCUCCAGACCCCGUGUUCAUCUAUGGGUUAUAGAGACUGGCUGGUUUGUUUUCUCAGUGGAGAUAAACCCUGGUGUGAUUAAUUCAAAUGAAUGACUCUCUGCAAAGGGCUUUGUUGGUUGGUGUUGUAGAAAUAAUUUGCAGAUCAUACACACAUGUUUACACCAGCAUUAAGAGUGAAGGAAGGGAAUGAGAAAAUGAACUUGGAAAAUGAACACAUGUUCCUAACAAGAGUACAUAACUGUAAAGGCUACAAGUGAAUGUGAAUGAAUGGAUUGAUUGAAAAGCAAUGUUAAAAGAUUGUAGUCCUCAGCAGGAACCACUAGGCUACACUGCCACUGCAGUCCGCAGAAAUUAGCAUCUUGUUUUCAUUGAUUAGUGUACAGUACAGGUGUGAUCAAAUCAAAGUCAUGUAUUGCCACCCCAAAGACAAGGAAUUAGGAAGAGAUGUUUGGACUAAGGACUUCAUAAAGAUUUGUGUGAAAAGACUUGAGGGUUCAUUCUUUUUGUUUGGCUUUGCUGUGUGUGCUCCAUAAAUGUACAGUAACCAUAUUUAUAAUAUAGUAAAACAUAUACAUCUUAAAUAUAAUAAAUAUCUACACACUAAAAUGUUAAAGUAGACUACUCUGCAGAAUUAUCAAUCAGCGGUUUAUUUUUUUAGCAGAGAUGUUGUUUUUAAAGUCAUGUGUUCGUGUUUAUUUUUAUGUAUUGCACCACCCCUGUUCUGUUGUGCCUAAAUCCAUGAUUUUCUUCCAGCCAGGCCCAGAGAAGAUAAUUGAUUUUCAUUUUUUACUUUCAUCGUUUACUGUAGCCUGCGAAUAAAUGAUGGUGGACCAUGCUUUCCCUACAAAAGUGUCUACGAGGAAUAAAACAGCAAGAUACUUAAACAUAUCUCAAAGGGCCUCUGUGUAUCAUGGUUCUGUAUCAGUGCUUUUUCUGAUGAGCUCAGCUCACUAAACUUAAAUUACACGUGAACUUAACACUGCUAAGAAUUCUUAUCUGGUGUUUUAAGUUCAAACUUGCUGAUAAGUAUGAGCAAAUGAUUCUGUAUUCAGGCUCAUGAGAAGUCCUCCCCACAGCCUUGGUGUGCUUUUAACUGUUCCAUGUUCGGAAGUGUGCUGUGGUUUAUCCGGUAGAACAGACUUCCUCAAAUCUUAUGCAAAGUGAGUUUUCUGGUAUAGACAUUUAUAAAUGUGUGUGCAGUCUUAAAUAAUGCUACUGAAGGCCAGCAGGCUGCAAAUAGUGUACGUUGAUGUCUGUUUUAGACUUGGCCCCUUUGGAUACCUUUUGGGGGAGUUUGUGUGGCAGGCUAUAGGUACUCGAGUCUUAAGACCCACAGUCCAAUCUAAUGAUGCAGACACCUGCUGGUUUUCCACAGAGUUCUUGGCUUUCUCCAGAUAAGGUGUACACAGGCCAUGAGCAUGCCUUGUCCAGAGUUUGAUUGCACUUUAUUUGAACAGUUACUUGUAUUGAACUCAUUUGGACGAGUGAAAAACUGUUGUAUCGCAAGGUUCGCGCCUUUGUAAAUGAUAAUAAAAAUAUGUAAAACAUAUUAAUUAAAA